ACUUCAAUAAACAAGGUCCAAAGCCAUAGGGGCACGGCAUGAGCUGGAACCAAAAUAAGGAUCAAUCGUAUCAGCCAGUCUACGAGCCAGGGCCGUAUGGCGGCUCAAGCUACGCGCCACCCACAGGACCGCCACCACAAGCUUAUGGGUCGGACCAAAAGUCGCCGUACGAUGGAGGCCGCUUCACUCCCAAGAAACGAAUUCAUGACCCCAUCUUCCUCAUCUUGUUCAUUGCCCAGUUUGUAGGCCUCGUAGUCAUUUCUGCUAUCGUCCUCUCUGAUUGGAUCAAACAUGGAGGCCUCGGCGGUGGUGUCGGUGGGGAUGGCAACACUGGAACAGCUGUCACUCUGAACAGACACACUGUGUACCUUCUCCUGUUUGUCACGGGGGCUGCACUCCUGCUGUCCACGCUCUAUCUUAUGCUGGCGCGGAUAUUCACAAGACUCAUCAUGCACAUCACGCUCAUUCUAUCUAUUCUUCUCAACAUCGGGAUUUGCAUCUACUACUGGAUCACCAAGUACUACUCCGGCGCAAUUAUCUUCACAAUUAUUGCAAUCAUUUCUGUCUUUGCAUACUUCGGAUAUCGCUCUCGGAUUCCACUUGCAUCUCUCCUUCUGCAAAUCGUCAUGGACGUCGCCAAGCACCAUAUGAGUGUAUAUGUGGUUGCAUUCCUUGCACUUAUCCUUCAGGCGGCCCUCAGCGUGUACUUUACCUUUAUAACCAUUGCAACCUAUACGAAGUGGACGCCCGGAAAUCCUUCUUGCAGCACGGGGACUGCCUGUUCGUCUGCAAAGGUUACCGGUCUCGUAGUCUAUGAGGUCUUCUCCUAUCUCUGGACCUCACAAGUUAUCGGCAAUGUGGCGCUCGCGACAAUGGCAGGCGGUCCGUUCGGAAGCUGGUACUAUUUCGGGCCUCGCGAUGCGGGCCAAAUGCCCUCGCACCCGACGUUAACGGCUUUCGUCCGUGCAUCGACUUUGUCCUUGGGCUCGAUCGCAUUUGGCUCUCUCAUCGUCACUCUUCUCGAACUGAUUCGGAUGCUCUUGCAAGUCGCUCGCAACAAUGCCAAUGCAGAUGGUCAUCCUGUCGAGGCAUGCCUCGCACUCUGCGCAGAAUGUUUCAUCGGAUGCAUCGAGGGUAUGGUGCAGUACUUCAAUCGAUAUGCAUACAUCGAGAUUGCCUUGUAUGGCAAGCCCUACAUACAAGCCGCGAAAGACACUUGGGGCCUGUUCACGGACCGUGGCAUCGAUGCGCUCGUCAACGACCAGUUGGUUAGCAUGACUCUUACAUGGGGCGCAUACGCCGUCGGACUGAUGUGCUCGCUGUUCGGGUACCUCUAUCUGCGGUACACGCAUCCUACAUACAACGCGGACGGGCAGUACACGGCGCCCGUCGUGCUCUUCGCGUUCUUGAUCGGCCUACAAUGCUCACUGACGUUGUCGUCUGCCAUUGAGGCCGGUGUGUCGACCAUCUUCGUCGGCCUGGGCGAGGACCCGCAGGUGCUCGCGAUCCGCGCGCCUGCUCUCUUUGGGCUCAUUGCCACGACCUACCCCCAAGUCACCCAAGGCGUCCCCAGAGUUUGAGCUGUGGAUAUCGAGCGGGACGGGCGAGCUACUACAGAUACACGACUUUUCACGAUACACGAUCAUCCUUCAUGUGAAUCUCAUGUCGACGCUGUAUCUCAUUAACUACCAGUAACGCGGUAGUCUGGGAGUAGAGUGUAGUCUGAGUCUCUAGCUAAAUGAUAAGGGGUGGACGACGACCCGUUACAUUGCAAGUUUAUUCAUGGAGUACUAUUGUAGUCGCGAGGAUAUCAGCAACUGAAAUACCAUAAAGAUAGCUUGAUUAUACGAGAAUAACGGAAGGAGUCGAGCGAGCGAAAUCGUGAGGUCCAAUAGUCGACGCCGAGAUCGAGCUGGAGUUGUUCAUGGAAUACGUGGGACAUGAUGCUGUAGGCUUCCAAAAUGACAUAUCUCUAGAAGUGGUCCAGUCGGGGUCUACUUCACUGAUACUGCAGCUCGUGUUGAUGGUAAGGCCGCCCAUCCGGCCACAUCCUCCAUUCCUCCACUUGGUCCCACACUCUUGGACAAGCUUUUCCUCGGCGACAGCGGCCGGAUCGCGGGACAUAACUCGCUUACUGGUGACGAUCGCGCGGUCGCCGUUUGGCAAGCUCGUGACGACGGGUCCGAUCCCGCUGGGGAACACCAGCAGUGGUUUCGACAAGAGUGGGCAUGAGGAAGAGUCGACGGACACGUCGUCCAAAUCCGGGAUGUCCUGGAACGUGGUCGAGGGGAGCAGCGGAUCACUGUCCGCAUUUGAGGUCUCGCAGUCCAAUCGGUGGGCUGAUGGAGCAGCGGAAAAUUUGUGAGGCGUGUUGAAGACUUCGUCCGCGACUUGUGAGGGCAGCUUGCCCAGCGGUGAUGGCGAGUUGUCAACCGUCCAGAAGCCUCCCUUGUUGGCGUGUUCGAACGAAGACGGAGAUGUCGGGGACACGGGAGAUGCGGGACAUGAAAAGAAAGAAGAGACCGGGCUAUACUGAAUGCGUCCCUCGGAAGUAUUAUAGUAGAAACCGGGGUCACUCUUGACUGUGUCUGAGGUGAACGAAUUCGGUGAAGCAGGCGUUCGAGGGAAGAUAACGUCCGAAUCUGCGCUAGAAGAAGACGCAGCUGAAUCAAAGGAAUUAUCUAGAACCCCAGCCACCAUAGGCCACUUGGGCUGAGAUACCGCCCGCCGCCGCUUGAAGGGCCUCAUGCGCGUCAGAAACGGCAUAGUGAGAGGGAUUGGGUUGACACACGAAGC